UAGUCUCGAGAAAAUGAAGAACAUUUAUAUGUUUUUUCUAAUAACGAUUUCAUCGAUCGUUAAAUUAUGCUACGUUCAAUCGUCAACAUCCGGAUGGAGCUCAACAGUGAGACCGUCAAGGGGCGGAAUUUGGCCCAAACCAAAGCACGUUGUGAGUUAUCACGAUCACGGCUACAUGCUCCUCAGAACAGACUUUUUCCGAUUUAAAACAGUUCAAUACUCGUGUGACAUUUUGGAGGAAGCCUUGCAAAGGUACUUCCGGUACCUGGUAUUAGAACGAGUUGAGUCGAAAAUUAAGGGAUCAAACUUUUCUGAACCCAGAGGCUACUUGGACGUUUUGGAAGUCGUACUUAUGGUGCCUUGCGAGGAGACCCCGUAUUUGGUAAUGGACGAACAUUAUGAAUUAAGAAUUGACAGUCCUGAUGUUCCCUAUGGAGGAAAGUUAAUUUCCCAUUCUGUUUGGGGCAUUUUACGCGGAUUAGAGACUUUUUCCCAACUCGCGGCGCCCUCGUUGGACGGUUCAGCACUCCAUUUAAAUAGCUGCCUGAUUUCCGAUUUUCCUCGAUUUCCGCACCGCGGGCUCAUGAUUGACACAUCUCGGCACUUCCUGCCGCUGCCAACAAUAUUCAAAUUAAUCGACGGAAUGGAAGCCAGCAAACUCAACACCCUCCACUGGCACAUUGUCGACGAUCAGUCUUUCCCUUAUCGGAGCAGUCGUUUCACAAAACUGAGCGAUUUUGGUGCAUACAACCCUUUGACACACGUCUAUUCCAAAAAUAAUGUCAAAAGAGUGAUUGAUUAUUCGCGGAGCCGCGGAAUUAGAGUAAUUGCCGAAUUUAAUUCUCCAGGUAUAAGCAAAAGUCACAGCAGAUCGUGGGGAAAAGCGUAUCCUGAAUUGCUGACUGAGUGCUUUGGUGAUAAUGGACAACCGGAUGGCACAUUAGGACCAAUGAACCCUAUACAUAAUUUCACUUAUCAGUUGAUGGAUGGAAUUUUAACCGAAGUGGCGGAGCUAUUUCCUGACGCUUAUAUCCACCUUGGUGGAAGUGAAGUUAAAACAGAUUGCUGGGAAAGCAACCCUGAAAUAAGAGAUUUCUUGAACCUUAAUGGCAUACCUGGAGAGUUUGUAAAAUUGGAAGGAAUUUUCAUGGACAACCUUAAUGAAAUAAUUCAAAAUUUGACAAAAAAUCCUUUGGUUUGGCAGGAAAUAUUUGACAAUAAAGCUGCUAAAAUCAGCCCGGAAACAAUAAUUCACGUCUGGAAAAAUGAUUUCAUUUCUGAAAUGCAAAAAGUUACAGCAGAAGGCCACUUUGCAGUUCUUUCGUCCUGUUGGCAUUUGGACAACCUGAGCUCAGGUGGCGACUGGGAAGACUUUUACAAGUGCGAGCCUCUCGACUUUGAAGGGACGAGCGAACAAAAACGAUUGGUAAUUGGAGGCGAAGCGUGCAUGUGGGGAGAAUUUGUGGACACCAACAAUGUAAUUCAGAGGGUUUUCCCGAGGGCGAGUGCGGCGGCCGAGAGACUUUGGAGCGACCCUUCAAUCAUUGAUCUUGAAAACGCGUAUGCGAGAUUAGAAGAAUUUCGGUGUCGCUUGGUUCGGCGAGGAGUACACGCACAGCCGCCAAAUGGGCCUGGUUAUUGUCCAGGAGAAUUUCCGAUCGUCGCAAUGAGGGCGUUAACUGUUGUAUUUCUGGUGGCAAUUGCUGUUGGGGUUGGUGCUCAGGAUGAGCCACAGACCAGGGGAAUCGGCAAGGAAUGGGGUCCGUGGGUCUGGCCGACCAGGGGCGAAGUUUGGCCCAAACCAAGGAGCAUCGUCAACUACCACAACCAGGGCUAUAUGGCGGUCAGGACCAACAUUUUCCGAUUUAACAUUGUAAGCAACACUUGUGAUAUUCUGGACGACGCACUUUUGAGGUACUACAGGUACCUGGUGCUGGAGCGCGAGGCCGCUUGGACGGCACGUGCUUAUGACAGAAUCAAGUCAAACAAAAUCAUGACUGGUGAGGAUCCAAUCGAUCCUAGAGCUACUUUCAGAGGAAAUUUGGACGCACUUGAUAUUGAACUGGCCAACCCUUGCGAAGUUCUGCCCUACCAGGGAAUGGAUGAGAGCUACGAGCUGAAAAUCGACACGCCUGACUUGCCUUUCGCCGGACGAUUGAUUAGCCAAACGAUUUGGGGUAUUUUGAGGGGCUUGGAGACUUUCGUCCAAUUGGCAGCGCCAUCCCAAGAUGGAUCAGCGCUGCACAUGAAUUGCACGCAUAUUACCGACUACCCCCGUUUCCCGUACCGCGGCUUGAUGAUCGACUCUGUGCGCCACUUUUUGCCAAUGCCCACCAUGUACAAACUGAUCGACGGCAUGGAGGCUAGCAAACUCAACACCAUGCACUGGCAUCUCGUCGACGACCAGGCCUUCCCCUACCAAAGCAAACUUUACCCUGAGCUCAGUGAGAAGGGUGCGUACAACCCCUUUUCGCACGUCUACACACAGAACGACGUAAAGGCUGUGAUCGAGUACUGCCGCCUGAGAGGAAUCCGCGUCAUUCCCGAGUUCGACUCGCCAGGACACACCAGGGCGUGGGGAAAUUCGCACCCCGAGCUGCUGGCCACGUGCUACGGAUCGGAUGGACAGCCCGACGGAAGUCUUGGACCUUUGGACCCUUCCAAGGAAACCACCUUCCAGUUUGUCAACAACCUCUUCAGCGAGGUAUCCCAACUCUUUCCCGAGAGGUAUUUCCACCUUGGAGGAGACGAGGUCAACUACACCUGCUGGGCGAGCAACACUGAUAUUAACGACUACAUGGCCUCCAUUGGCAUUGCUGGAGACUACGCUAAACUUGAGGGCGUUUAUGUAGACAGGGCAAUCGAAAUAGUCCGCAACCUGAAUUUGAAGCCCAUGGUGUGGCAGGAGGUUUUUGACAACGGUGGAUCUUCCAUCGAUAGUGAAACAGUCGUGCACGUCACGUCAGCUGGCCACGUCGCUCUUUUGUCCUCCUGCUGGUACUUGGACCACCUGAAGACUGGUGGAAACUGGAAGGAGUUGUACAACUGCGAGCCUCACGAUUUCCCUGGCACCACCGAACAGAAGAAUUUGGUGCUUGGUGGAGAGGCGUGCAUGUGGUCCGAGUAUGUGGACUACAACACAGUCGAGACCAGGGUGUACCCAAGGGCAAGUGCCAUGGCCGAGCGUUUGUGGAGCGACGUGACUCAGACAGACAACGCGGAGGCUGCGAGGAGACUCGAAGAGUUCAGGUGCAGGCUGGUGCGCAGGGGCAUCAGGGCUCAGCCAGCCAACGGGCCCGGCUACUGUCCUGGAGAGGUCUUUUGAUGAUUCAAUUACAAAUAGAGAACAAACUUAAUU